ACAUCCCGGCAUGCAUUUCUGUUGGGCCGAGAAGAAGAAGCGACAUGAUGGAGUCCGCCGGAGGCUGAACGGACCAACGUUUACCGGAACCUUCAGAACCAAGUCAAACCUCCGUGGGGAACAGCGACACAGGACACAGCGUGUGUCCGCUCUGUGAGCGCUUCAUAGCGGACUCUGCUGCGGAGAGUGCUGAGUUAAGCCGUCACCAUGGCGACGGACAUUGGCUCACCACAGCGGUUCUUCCACAUGCCACGCUUCCAGCACCAGGCACCACGUCAGGUCUUUUACAAGCGUCCAGACUUUGCUCAGCAGCAGGCCAUGCAGCAGCUGACCUUUGAUGGCAAACGCAUGAGGAAGGCGGUCAACCGUAAAACCAUCGACUACAACCCGUCUGUCAUCAGAUACCUGGAGAACCGACUGUGGCAGCGAGACCAUCGAGACUUCAGAGCCAUCCAGCCUGACGCAGGUUGCUAUAACGACCUCGUUCCUCCUCUCGGCAUGCUGAAUAACCCGAUGAAUGCUGUCACCACAAAGUUCGUCCGAACGUCGACCAACAAAGUCAAGUGUCCUGUGUUUGUGAUCAGGUGGACGCCUGAAGGGCGGCGCCUGGUCACAGGAGCGUCCAGUGGAGAGUUCACGCUGUGGAACGGACUCACCUUCAACUUUGAGACCAUCUUACAGGCUCACGACAGUCCGGUGCGAGCCAUGACCUGGUCUCAUAACGACAUGUGGAUGCUCACAGCGGACCACGGUGGAUACGUGAAGUACUGGCAGUCCAACAUGAACAACGUCAAGAUGUUCCAGGCUCACAAGGAGGCCAUUAGAGAAGCCAGUUUCUCUCCCACAGACAACAAAUUUGCCACCUGCUCAGAUGACGGCACCGUGAGGAUCUGGGACUUCAUGCGCUGCCACGAGGAGAGGAUCCUCCGAGGUCAUGGUGCUGAUGUGAAGUGUGUGGACUGGCAUCCCACCAUGGGUCUGGUUGUCUCUGGAAGCAAAGACAGUCAACAACCAAUCAAAUUCUGGGACCCAAAGACUGGACAGAGUCUGACCACACUCCAUGCCCAUAAGAACACAGUGAUGGAGGUGAAGUGGAACCUGAAUGGUAAUUGGCUGCUGACGGCAUCACGUGACCACCUGUGCAAACUGUUUGACAUCAGGAAACUGAAGGAGGAGCUACAGGUGUUUAGAGGACACAAGAAGGAGGCCACAGCUGUAGCGUGGCAUCCCAUCCAUGAAGGUCUGUUUGCCAGUGGAGGUUCUGAUGGUUCUCUGCUCUUCUGGAACGCUGGGGUGGAGAAGGAGGUGGGGGGGAUGGAGAUGGCUCAUGAGGGAAUGAUCUGGAGUUUGGCCUGGCAUCCACUGGGUCACAUUCUGUGCUCUGGCUCCAACGACCACACCAGUAAAUUCUGGACCAGGAAUCGUCCAGGUGAUAAAAUGAGAGACCGUUACAACCUGAACCUGCUGCCGGGGAUGUCAGAGGACGGAGUGGAGUACGACGACAUGGACCUGAAUAGUGUGGCCUCCAUCCCCGGAAUGGGGAUUUCAGAGCAGAUGAAGGUGGAUAUGGAGCAGGAGCAGAACAGUAAAGAGGCUGCCCCUGAGGUGGAGAUGUCCAUCCCUGGUCUGGACUGGGGCAUGGACGAAGUCAUGGGUAAAGACGCUAAGAAGGUUCCUCAGAAGAAAGUCCCAUAUGCCAAACCCAUCCCUGCACAGUUUCAACAGGCUUGGGCAGAGAACAAGGUUCCCAUGAUGCCACCUACUGGAGACAUGUCCAAAGAUCGCAAGGUGGAGCAGAAGGUGGAGGGUAAGAAGAAAAGUCAGGUGGAACUUGAACAGGAGAUGGCAGCUCUGCAGUACACCAACCCCCAUCUGCUGGAGCAAAUGAAGAUGAACCAGAUGGGCACAGACGGGAACAUGGGCCCCCCACAGGGUCCCCCCUUCCCUGGAUCUGGAGGCCCCGGUGGACCGAUGCCUCCUGGUCAGCAGGGGUUUCCCCCAAACAUGCCUCCUCAGCAGAUGCCAAACAACAUGGGGCCCCCCAUGGGCCCUGGAGGUUUGCAGCCCCCGUUCAUUCCCCCUGGACAGAUGGGCCCUCCAUCAGGACCUCAGCCUCACCAGGGGCCCUCUCAGGGCAUGAUGGGCCCACCAGACAUGCAAGGACCCCAAGGAAUGCAGAGACAUCCUGCCCCUCCCAGAAACAUGGGCCCCCAGGGGCCUCAUGGAAUGGGUCCUGGCCCCAGAGGAAUGCAGGGGCCACCUGGUGGAAUGAUGGGCCCACCUCCUAGAGGAAUGGGUCCAAGGGAUGCUCAGGGGCCCCCACCUCAGGGGGGCAUGAUGCCACCUCAAGGGAACAUGAUGGGCCCUCAGGGUCCUAUGCAGGGUGGGAUGAUGGGGCCCCCACCCAGGACACACGGCAAUAUGCCAAACUAUAAUGGGAUGGGCAACAUGCAGGGGCCCCCGGGAGGGAUGCAUGGACCUCCAGGAAAUAUGCAGGGGCCUCCAGGAAACAUGCAAGGACCCCAUGAAAACAUACAGGGCCCCCCAUAUAUGCAGCACCAGGGUCAGAACUCGGGGCCGAUGAUGCACGGGAUGGGGCAACAGGGGCCCAACAUCAAAGGAGAUCCUCGGGGGCCACCACCCAACUACCACAUGGGCCCUCCAGAUCGUCAGGGGCCUGGAGGACCGGACCAGGCAUCGGGGCCAUACUGGGGGGACAAUCAGCAGGGGAGACGUGGACCACCUGACUUUGAUGGAGGUCAGGAUUUUCAUGGCAGAGGCGAGGAGGGUUGGAGACCAGGACCUGGACCAGGAUACCAGGGAGGGGGGGGACACAGGGGGGGAGGGCACCGCGGAGGAGGGAGCGGAGGGAACUGGGGUCCUGACGAGAGGUUCGGUGGGGGAGAGUUCAGAGGACGGAGAGAUGACAGGUUCAGAGGAGGUGGACCCGGCCGGCCUGGAGGGAGGGGUUACCCAGAUGAGUACGGUGGUCAAGAAGAAGGCUUCGACGUCCCAGAGGAGAUGGGCCGAGGCUGGGACAGUGGAGGCAGAGGGAGGCCACUGCGAGGAGGUGGGCUCCCCAGAGGAGGAGGUCACGAUGGUUAUCGGGACAGUCAGCAGAUGCAUGAUGGUUCGUCUCCGGCAGGUCGCGAGCGAUCAUCCUCUCUGCAGGGGAUGGACAUGGCGUCUUUGCCGCCUCGGAAACGUCCGUGGCAGGACGGACCGGGAACUGGAGACCCCCGAGAGCUGGAGUCACCAGGAAGUGACGGAGGUCGAGCUCUUCAGAGGGAGGACGGAGGUUACGCUCCUCCUGUUAGAGGUGGACGUGGAGGCUGGGGUCCUGGAGGACCUGGACCCAGAAGGGGAGGACCACCUCCCAGAGGAGUGCUGAGGGGGGGGCGGGGCCGAUAGUCCUGCAGACGUAAACUCCCAUGAUCCUCAUAACCCUCUCCUCUGGUCCCUCCACAGACCUUAGACCUGAGUCCAGAUCCUGAUGAAUCCUUGGACAGACUUUUGGUCAUGUGACCCAGCACUGGCCUGUGAUUGGUCCACAGGGAGUGAUGUCACAGUGGUUUUACUGUAAGAUACUGUAGAGAAGCUUCGUCUUUUAUUUCACACUUUUGUCUUCAGCUGGUUUUUGUCUUUUUUUUGUAAAAGAUUUCUAUGUUUUGUGUCGUCACCACCGAGGUGGACAAUAAAGAUUCACACUUCAAAAUGCCUUUAAA